GUCAAAGGACAACCGUAAUUGAAUUAUUUUUCAAUAACUUGAAGCGAUUAGGAGAGGAAGUAGACGCAAGGAAAAAUCAAUAUUUCCUUGACGCAAACCGUAACGUUGGCUAGCCGGUUAGUAGAACGCCGGUCUACUCAGCAAGACACCACGAGAAAUCAGAUGGGAAUAUUGAUUGCUGGAUAAAACGCAUCUGUGACGUGUGACUGUUGUCAAACACUUUUCGAUACUUUUCGCGGUUUGAAACUGAAGCUAUUCUCAUUAGACAUGAGAGAAACCUGCAAUUGAUUUUCUGGAGUAUAUCAAUGAUUCAUGCAUAAGAAUGUACCGUAAAGAAAACGAAGCUUUACUUUUUCGGUUCAGCUAGAAAUUUGGACCGACCACAAUGAGCCUGAUAACAUUGAUUUCCUGAUGGAGAAGGAUCUGCAUUGUCAGAUUCAGAGUUUAGAAAGAAUUAUUGUCAAAUCAUUGAAACAAUGGAACGAAAAAUUUAAACUAUCAUCUAUAACUACUGAUAUUUAGCUUCCAUCAUAGAAAUCAGUCAUCAAGAUAAACAUGAUUAUUAGAAGCACAACUAAAUAAUUAAUCCUCGACAAAAGAAUUCUCAGGAAAGUUAAAAAGCAUUGUUAAGCAUCGAUUAUCACGGUUUAGGCACGUUUUCACCAUACAACGUAUGAUUUCGUAGAGUAAGCAAAAUGCCGUUACCAAAUAUCCUAAGAAAGGCAAGUAGCUAUAUACUAGGGGAUGGAAGCCAAAAUAAUUGUCGCAUGAUGUACCAAGAUGGUGAGGUGCUCUUCUGCAAGAAUAAUGUCUGCGUACACCCUCCGACCCUCAUGAGGCAGCAUUGUGACGUCGUUCAUCACCCUGGAUAUAUGACUAUCACCUGCAAAGUUAAUAAAAAUUCUACAGUGCCUACAUUGCACCUUAGUUGGAUUCCGAACAGCACUUUAAGAAGACAUCCGACUACCCUGGAAAAUGCUUCGACGAAGAGUCAUAUAUCAGAGGAGAGCUGCGAUGCUAGAAUUGACCAUGAGUGUGUAAAUGAAAAAGUGGAUGUGUGUUUAGAAGUAAAAGAACCGAUAGACUGUGGUGACUGCGAGAGGGUGUGUUCUGGAGGACUUUCUAUUGCUAAAGAGAGCGAACAAGCUGUGGGGAAUCAGUCUACAGAGAACACUUCUGCAGAGGUAAUUUUCAAGGAGCAAAAUAUUGAGGCUGAAAAUGAUACAGUUAAAUUUAAGUCUAAAUGUCAAGAAGACGGCGAACAAAAUGACAAUACGAAACUAGACGAGGGAGUUUACUCGGAGGAUUCACACGUGCCACCUGACGAUUCGGUAUUGGAGUCAAACAAGGACUUUGACAGAAUUGCCUCUACCGGAGAUAAGAAUGUUAAGGGAUCUGAAACUUCUUUUCCUACGGAAUCUCCCGAGGUUCUUUAUAGUCUAGAAGAAAGGUCAUUGAGCGCGGUAAACGAAGAUAAAAAUCGUCUUGUUAAUCGGUGUCACUUACGUUCCGAAUCCUUAGAUUCAAGAAACGAAGAUAACGUUAUACUGCGAGAGUGUAUCUUGGCAGACUCGAGUAACUAUGACGGUAAGAGCCUGGAUGGUAUCAGCAUAAAGAGUCGCAGUUUAUCGCUUACAUCAACUUGCAGCUUAACCGUGACAGGACCCAUGGAAGCUGAAGAAAUUCCAACCUGGAUGAGAUCUCCGGAACUGUUGGCUCUGCAACAUAAUUUGACAUUUCCAGAAAGUGCAACUGCCUCACCUGUAACUUUGCGCAGAGUUCAUAGAUGCAGGAGGUUUUCGGUGGACUUGGACCAGAUGCGAUCUCUCAGGUUGUUCUUUGCCGAUCCAGCAUGCACCUGUGGCCAGCUAGUAGUGGCCAGUCGAGAGAGUCAGUACAAAAUCCUGCAUUUCCACCAUGGAGGUCUGGACCGACUGGCUGCUAUGUUGCACCAAUGGCACCAACUUCUUUAUCCUAGGCUAGACACAGACACCGAAGAGACUCUUCCUUAUAGGCACUUUAUGGUGUGUCGACCAGAGGUGGGUAGAGACGAGCUCCAUCCUGAAGAAGGUCAAGUACCGAUGAUCACUUCAUUGGCCUGGAAAGACCUUCUAAACGAACGAGGCCAGGUGGAGGAUGACCUAGCCCUACGCAAGGGCAUUUUCUUCGGGGGCCUGGAACCAGCGUUAAGAAAGAUCGUUUGGCCCUUCCUUCUGCAUUGUUAUAGCUACCAGAGUACUUACGAGGAGAGGGAACGCAUCGAUUCCAUCAGGAAGCAGGAGUACGAAGACAUCGAACGACGCCGCCAGACCAUGAAUACGGUGCAGGCUGAAUGGUUCUGGAGGAACGUCGUCUGUAUAGUCGAAAAAGAUGUCGUUAGAACAGAUCGAGGGAAUCCUUACUACGCUGGGGAGGAUAACCCUAACAUCGAAGUCAUGAAAAAUAUCUUGCUCAACUAUGCUGUUUACAAUUCCCGAUUGGGAUACACUCAAGGCAUGUCGGAUCUUCUGGCCCCUCUGCUGGCAGAGUUGAACUCCGAGGUGGAAGCUUUUUGGUGUUUCGCAGGCCUGAUGCAGAGAUCGGUGGCAGUGUGCACUCCUACCGAUACCGACAUGGACCGGAACCUCUGCUACCUCAGAGAACUCAUCAGGGUCAUGGUUCCCGACUUCUAUGCUCAUCUCGAGAAACAUACCGAUGCACUUGAACUGCUCUUCUGCCACCGAUGGAUAUUACUGUGCUUGAAGAGAGAAUUUCCAACGGAAGUUGCUUUAGUGAUGUGGGAGGCUUGCUGGGUGAAUUACUUGACGGACCACUUCCACCUCUUCCUUUGUCUGGCCAUCAUGUGUGUCUAUGCCGAUGAUGUGAUAGCUCAGGACCUUCGAACGGAUGAGAUGCUCUUACAUUUCAGUUCUCUCGCCAUGUACAUGGACGGAAAUGUCAUUAUCAGGAAGGCAAGAGGUCUGCUGCACCAUUUUCGCCAACUGGUACGUUUACCUUGCACUCUGGCUGGACUCUGUCGUCAGUGCGGACCUGGAAUGUGGGACAGCAGCCAUGAUCCAGUCAUCGAGUGCGUAGGCCACCAGGAUGUCCCUUGCCCUUACGCUGAAAAUUACGAAUAGACCAAUGACAUUUCUCUCGAGUGUUACAAUUUAGUCCGCAGAGAGAUAGUCUUCCGGCCUCGCUGUGUAAUCGGUGUAACUCUACGGAUGGUCAAAAUCAAAAUCAAUUCCUCGCGUUGAUUGUGCAGAACUAAUAACGAGAUUUCAUGGACUAUGAAUAUACGGUAGAUCGAAGAAAGGAGAUAAGGCCUAGGAUAUGCAAUUCAUCGGAGUACUCUACGGAGUCCGAGGUAUCUUUCGGAAGGGACUACCCAAGUAUAUGCACGUUGUCACUGCCUAAUUUAUAUCAAGUGAUACCUCUUCGUAGAGAGUUAUCGAUCCCUGGAUAUAGAACGAAAUGUAAGGAUCUUACCGAGAUGCAUUUAAAAUUAUGCUGGUUCCCAGUGUGUAACGUAGGCCAUUAAAACUAUCAUAUCCAGGUUUUGUCCGUUUCUUUGAGUAUCGACUUGCUAUAACUUCCAUAGAAAGAAGUUUACAAUUCUAGAAAUCGGUUCUUAGAGCGAGCCUCGGAUGUCCAAGAAUGUUUGCAGCACUUAUGGUCUCAAAUACCUGUAGUACAAGAUAAGACUGAUAGAAGAGAAAAAGUGACACGCAACACCGAGGGGUUGUUGCGAGCCCAGGAAUAUAGAGAAACUUUGGCACUUCUUCGAAGAACCUGAGAAGUGCCAACCGAUGAUUCGAUACCAACGAGUGAACUAAAAAAUGGUGGCAUUAAACGAAUCUAAUCGAUAGUUGCGAGAAUCAAACGUAUCUCCGCGUAGGACGGCACGCUGAGUAGUUUAAACAUUUCUAACGAUAGCAUUAACGAUACGAUUAGUUAGCAGCAGUAUCGAUUCAAACAACCGGCCGGAUUUAUCGGGAUCCAUUGUCCUUGAAAUUCUGUGAAUCAUCCGAAAUUGAAUCGUAUGAAUUAAAUUAAAUUACAAUUUUAGAACUAAGGAUAACUAGAGAUAAGGAGAGAAAUUAGAAUCCUUCGAGUCGAUAUCCCACAUGACUAAUGUACUUCUGUCGAUACACGUAUCAAACAAUUUAGAGGUCAAAGUAUUUCUGUCCAUCCAAUUGAAAACUGGAGUAUCGAUUCGAGGGGCCGGUUAGUCGUUUUGGAACUAACAAAUAAAUAUCAAAGGCUCGGUCAAUUAGCCGACGCACCUGCAUCCACUCUUCGAUCUAAUUGUAUACGCCACGUUUCGUACAAUUGUUAAAGACUAUUGCGAUGUUUGCACGUGCCUGUCAGUCGACAAAGGGAAACAAACCGAACCGAGCAAAGUCUCCCUUUGGUCGCGUUGCGUUGCUCAAAAAUCUAUGAUCUCCAUUAAUUUCCACCCCUUUAUCGAACGAUCAAUUAAGUUUAUAAUUCACUUUUCGGGAAAGGGGAAUUCCUAAAAAGUAUGUCCAAUAUACCGAUGAUUUACUUUGCCAAAGGAUGUAUUAAACAAAAUUGGUUAACUCGAUUCCUACACCACCGAUUAAAAUAUGAUUGACACGUGAAUAUCAGAGUCUACUCGAUGUUGGGCUAAGGCUUUGGUUUCCUUCUUCAACCUGGUAUAAAUGCCUUUGGAAGAUGCCUCGGUAUGUUAAAUGAUAAGAGCAGAAAAAAAGAGACAUAUGACCAAAUACCUCGACACCAUUCACCGAGGCAAUAAAUUUAUCUAUAAGAUAUAACACCUAACUGAUAUCGUAGAAACAAACAAUUGUGGACGUUAAAAGGACCCAACGGGGUACGUUUCUCACAAUUUUGGAGAAUGGUUUCGAGGUGAGUGGUCCCUUUGCUUUUACUGUGCUACCUUGAGUCGUUGGAAUAAUGAAAAGAAAUCUAUUCGUGUUAAGACCUCGUCGCGCUCGACUCUGUCGGCAUGAGAUGUACAUGACGCUAAGUUAAUAUAUCGAAAUAAAACUCGUAUCAAAGA